AUGGCCAGCACACUCUUCAGAUCCCUCUUCGCUCCGGUGAUGAGGCCAGCAACCUUCCCGCGCGCCGCAUCUCUCCUCACGCCGACCGCCGCCCCCCUGAUCCGCCCCUUCUCCUCUACUCCCGUCCAGAAUGCCACAAUCAUGCAGGUCUUGAGAGGCUGCCACAAGAAGGGCAAGCGCGCCCGCCACGCCGUCUCCCCCGCCCUGUCCGAGAUCGAAGCUCCCGCCCUCAAGGGCGUUUGCCUCAAGGUCGGCAUCACCCGCCCGAAGAAGCCCAACUCCGGCCAGCGCAAAACCGCUCGUGUGCGUCUCUCCAAUGGUCGCCACGUUACCGCGUACAUUCCUGGAGAGGGCCACAACAUCCAGCAGCACAGCGUCGUCCUCGUCCGCGGCGGUCGCAGUCAGGAUUGUCCCGGUGUGCGAUACCACCUCGUCCGUGGCGCCCUCGACCUCGGCGGUGUGGCGAACCGUGCCACUUCUCGCUCAAAGUACGGUACCAUGAAGCCCAAGAAGGCCACGGUUGGCUAA